AUGCCACCCUCCUCGACUGCCAGAAGCAGCCCGGCUUUCAGACGCCAGAAGCUCCGCAAGGGGACCUUCAGCUGCUGGGAAUGCAAGACUCGCAAAAUCCGUUGUGAAUACGAGUCGCCAUCUGAUUCGGCAUGUAAAUCCUGCCAGCGACGGGGUGUACAAUGUAUAAGCCAGGAGUAUAUUGAGGUGAAACGAGAUGGUUACGAGCACGUGGGAGAGCGUAUCGAGAACGUUGAAGCCAUGAUUAACCGAUUGAUAGAGACAAAAAGAGGGGGGCAUUUCCAUCAACAAGUUCAGGAUUUGCAAACAUUGAAGUCCGCAACUUCAUCAUCAGAUAAGACAGAAUUAACGCAACGGACCAAUUCCAGUCCUUCUUCAUCCUCUAUUCUUUCACGCAGUCAGCAAAGUUUGAACGAGUGCUUCUCACUUAGUCACUAUUUACAUUCAAUCCUGCCAAAAGAUACCGUCACUAUGAUGAUAUUUAGUCAGGGAAACUACUUUCAAAUGCCAAUCAACAUGUUGCGUUGGCCAAAGAAGCAGUGCAACUCAAGGAAUAAGCCCGAAAACUUGCUUGUACAAUUCUCACGAAAACCCCCUCCAACAGCGCAUCCCAUCUUCUUCGCCCAGAAGCUUUACAGACUCGCUCUUUGCAUGCAAAGACUUGAUCCAACCACAUUUUAUGAAACCAAAAACAAUCUCAAGGAAUCUGUGGACGUUGCUUCGCGACGAUUUGCUGAAAUCGCGUCUAAGUAUGUCACCUCUCAAGACAUGCUAGUGGAUAGCUUAGAAGGACUGGAAACAUUGAUGCUAGAGUCUGGCUAUCUCGUUAGCAUGGGUAAUCACCGGGCUGCAUGGCUUACUCUUCGUCGUGCUCUAGGCCUUGCUGAACUGAUGGGCCUGCGCAAAACAAACGUGACCGAUGAUGACUCAAAGGAGUCGGUAUGGUACUUGCUCAACUAUUGCGAUCGUUUCCUGUCAGCGAUAUCAGGUUUUCCAUGCAAUGGUUUUGAUGAUAACUUCGCGUCUGACAGUGUACUGGUCGGUAAAAAACCGGUAGAAAGACUAGCUCGUACUCAUGCUGCUAUUAUGGGUCGUAUCAUUGCGCGAAAUCUUAAGAUGCAAUCCCACAAUGACAGUGCCCCUGCUUACGAAGUCUUGGAUGAUAACUACUCGCAAACUCAAGCUAUUGAUUGUGAUCUACGGCAGGCAGCCAAGAUCUUACCGACGCAGUCGUGGGCCAUGCCAAACCUGCGCAAUUCUGCAGCUGACCAGGAUUUGAUGGAAAAAACUUCUAUGUUGCAAGUGCAAAUGCAUCAAUAUUAUCUUUUACUGCUUCUCCACCAACCCUACCUAUUGCGACCACUCCAUUCCCAAAGAGCAACACGAGUUACUGACAGAGUCGACUACACAUACUGCAAACUCAAUGCCCUUUCAGCGAGUCGUGAACUUCUUUCCCGCUUUGUCGUCAUGCGGGACAUUCAUCAUUCAACCUCUUACCGUGGGAUUGACCAUAAAGCAUGGAUCGCGUCUGUAACCCUCCUUUUGGCUCAUAUUGAUGGCAAACAAUCAUCAGCCAAUAACAGCAAUCUUUUAGCCCACCAAAGACCGCAGGAUUUGGCCAUUGUUCAUAGAUUAAUUCAACGCUUGGAUUUGGAUAACUCUACUACCGAAAGUGCCCAGCAAUUACGAACCCUCCUUCAAAUUGAAGAAAAUGCGGCCAACGGCGUAAAAUAUUGUUUUACGUGGGCCGACGCUAGUACUUCCGCAAAGAAUGGAAAGGCUCUACCGUUAUCAAUACCAUACUUUGGUACAAUUUCGAUAUUAUCAUCGAGACUGGAAGCGUCUGAGACCUCGAAUGCUUCUGUAUCAUUACAAGAAAUUGAAACUUUGGGACCUAGUGUGAUCGAAUUACGGAGUGACAAUUUCUUCGACGCUGCAACCUAUAAAGCACCGGUUUGUGAAUCCCUAGAUUCAUGCGACACUUUUUAUGAAAGCUCCUUUUCGACGUCUGAUGUUGUCCCAUGUGGAGAACCCACUCCCUCCCUUUCACUAGAUCCCUCAGAUUAUAUAUCCUUUACGACGGAACCUAUGGUACAACAAAACCUAAGUCAAGGAGAUGAUGCAGAUUGUCAAGUAUAUGACAACUGGGAUGAGCUACAGGUGUGA